AUGCAGGACAGUGGCCCACUGGUGCCUUUUUUACAUUAUUUUGGUUUUGGCUAUGCAGCCUUGGUCGCUACUAGUGGGAUUCCUGACUAUGCAAAAGUAGGCAGUGUGCCAUCCCUGGCUGCUGGACUCUUCACUGGGAUCCUAGCAGGCCUUGGUGCUUACCAGCUAUACCAGCUGUCUCAGGACCCCAGGAAUGUGUGUGUGGGGGGUUUCCUAGCUACAUCUGGGAUCUUGGCUAGCACUAUGGGGAUAAGAUUCUACAAUUCUGGGAAAUUAAUGCCUGCAGGUUUAACCACAGGUGCCAAACUUGGAAUUAGUGUGUUAAGUUCACCCAUCCAUAGUAACCACAUCCCUGUUCGAAACUCCCUGAACUGA